AUGGAAGAAGGUGGUUCUUCAACAAUGGACGAAGCUUAUGAUUCAAACAUGGACGAAGUGGUUGUUGUACCUGAGUGUUCGAAAGAGUUGAAGCCUGUGGUUGGCCAGAAGUUCAAAUCACUGGAUUUUUGUUUCGCGUUCUACGAUGUGUAUGCCCGGGCUGUUGGUUUUGAUACUCACAAAUCACAAAUGAGGAAAACUGAUGGUAUAAUUACUUGGUAUAACGUGGUAUGCAACAGGGAAGGCAGCAAGAAGUCGAGCGAGGAUGACCAAGCAAAUGCACGGUCUGGUUUUUCGUUAAAACGUCGACGUUUAUCCAAGCGUUGUGGUUGUAAAGCCAGUAUCUCAUUCAAGUUCUUCUCCGAUGGAGGAGUUUCAGGUUAUACUGUCGAGGAGUUUAACGAAGUUCAUAACCAUUACAUGGUUGGGACAGAGCAUCAGCAGUUUAUGUCAAUCAAUCGAAAGUUGGACGACGUACAUCACCAAUUUAUCCUUGAUUGUUCAAAGGCUAACAUAGGUCCCACGCUCACGUUUAAUGUGCUGAAGGAAAUUCUCGGUGGUUUUCAGCUCGUUGGCUGCAAUGUUGGGGAUAUAAGGAAUGCUUCACGAGACAUCAAAGCAUACGCUCAUGGUUUUGACGUACAAAUGGUUUUGGAUGAUAUGGCUAGGAAGAAGGAGAUGUCCGAAGCAUUCACAUAUGAGUACGAGGUUAAUGCUAGCAACCAGCUUGUUGCUUUGUUCUGGUGUGAUGGUUUGAUGAAGAUGAAUUACCACAUGUUCGGUGAUAUUGUGGCUUUUGACACCACCUACAACACCAAUAGGUAUUGUAUGAUCUUCGCGCCAUUCACGGGAAAGGACAAUCAUGGACGACCAGUGACUUUCGCUGCUGGUUUGGUAAGCAACAAGAAGACAGGCGCUUUUGCAUGGCUGUUUAGACAUUUUGUCCAAUGUAUGGGGGUUGCUCCGAAGAUGAUUGUUACAGAUCAAGAUUUGGGGAUGAGAUCGGCUAUUGAAGAGAUUCUUGUCGGGACUCGCCACAGAUGGUGUAUGUGGCAUAUCAUGCAUAAGUUGGCCAAUAAAGUUCCUGGUCGGUUGUUGCGGGACGAAGAUUUCAAGAAAGAGUUCAAUGCCUGCGUCUGGUCGGAUCUGCUUGAACCCGACGAGUUCGAAGAAGAGUGGAAUGGAGUACUUGAACGUUACGACCUGGAAGACCAUGGUUGGUUGAAGACAUUGUACGACUACAGGCAAUUAUGGAUACCUGCAUACUUUAGAGAUUUCCCGAUGGGCUCGAUGAUUAGGACCACCUCUAUUUAUGAGUCAGAGAACAACUUCUAUAAAAAAUUUCUCAAGCCACGCAACAACAUUGCCGAAUUCUACUUGAAUUUCAAUCAAGCUGUGGAUUUUCAGCGGAAUAGUGGAACAAAGCUGGACUACCAAGACGCGACUGCCCUGCCUAUAUUGGCCACUACUCUGCCUUUCGAGAAACAUGCUUCUACUCUGUACACAGAUAGUAUGUUCAAGAAAAUACAAGAGGAGAUUGUUGAGGGAAAUGACAGAUGCCGCGUUUUGGGGUUCUCAUCUGCAGACAGUGUUGACACCUACAAACUUGGAGACAGCCUUCGCCAUUCCUACUUUGUGAGACAUGAUAGGACUGACGACUCAUAUUCUUGUGAUUGCAAACUAUUCAGUAGGCAGGGCUAUCUGUGCAACCAUGUCUUCUUUUUGUUCCAGAACAAUGAAGUAAAAAAGAUUCUGGAUAACUACUGUGCAAGUGGAUUGGAGGAACUUGGUAAUUCACUUCAAGCUGGAACUCCUUUGCCAUCCGCUUCUGAGAAGAGGCGAAUGAUCGAACAGUUUUAUGGAAUGGAAAGGCCGGAAGUCGUCAAGGUCCACCCUCCGAAUGUGGUAAAGACGAAGGGGCACGCGAGCAGCUCCGCUAGUCGUCUGAUUUCGAAGAGAGAAAAGGCUAUCAAGGAUGCUACUAGGCCCCUUAGACGGUGUAACGCGUGCGAUGAGUUGUGCCAUCACGACUCUAGAAAUUGUCAUAUGCUUAAAGAGCUUGAAACGGAGAAUGAGCUGCCUAAGGGAAAGAGGAAAUCUUGA